AUGGGCGGCUGUAUGAGCAAGUCCGAUUCGGACGCGGCAUCCAACAAGAUGAGCUACAACAUGCAGACCACUGGCUCGCAAGGGUUUGGUCAGCCACAGGCACAGCAACCCAUGUUGCCAGGCCAGAUCAUGGCCCAGCAGUCCCCGAUUCACCUGGGACCACAAACACGACAGCCCUCCACACCAAACGGAAUGAACCGCGGCGGCCCUCCGCAACAGCAGCAGCAGCAGCAGCAAUAUCGCCCCAACAGCACGUUGCCCGGCCAGCGACCUGGCGGCCCCGGCGGUCGUGUUGCAGCGCCUGCACCUGCACCGGCGCCCGCACGCCCGCGCUCGCAGGAAGCUAGCAACGUCUUUUGCGCGAUUUGGGACUACGAGGCCCGCACUCCGCAGGAUCUCAGCUUCAAGAAGGGCGACAAGCUCAAGAUUGUCAACAACAACGACGGCGACUGGUGGCAAGCCCAGUCGCUCGCCACUGGCCGUCUCGGCUACAUUCCAUCCAAUUAUGUGGCUCCGAUCGAGUCACUGCAAAGCGAGGAAUGGUACCACGGCAAGAUUCGUCGCGGCGAGGCAGAGAAGAUUCUGCUCGAGCUCGGCAAGAACGGCUCGUACCUGCUGCGCGAUUCCGAGUCCAAGCCCGGCGACUUUUCCCUCUCGGUGCGCGACGGCCAGUCCGUCAAGCACUACCGCAUUCGAACACUGGACGAAGGCGGCUACUUUAUUUCCCUCCGCACCACCUUUGCCACUCUCAACGACCUCGUUGCUCACUACUCUCGAGAUGCCGACGGUCUCUGCUGCGCGCUCGUUGCCCCGUGCAGCCACGCCGACAAGCCCGAGACACCCGAUCUUGCCUUCAACCUCAAGGACGAGUGGGAAAUUCCGCGCACCCAGAUCCAGCUCCGAAAACAGCUUGGUGCCGGUCAGUUCGGCGAGGUGUGGCAGGGCAUCUGGAACAACACCACCCAGGUCGCCGUCAAGACGCUCAAGCCCGGCUCCAUGUCCCCGGCCGAUUUCCUCAAGGAGGCCGCCGUCAUGAAGAAGCUGCGCCACCCCAAGCUUGUGCAGUUGUACGCUGUCUGCACGGACAAGGAGCCCAUCUUUAUCAUCACCGAGCUCAUGACGAACGGCAGUUUGCUCGACUACCUCCGCGAGAAGGGCCCCAAUCUUAAGAUUCCCCAGCUCAUCGACAUGUCUUCCCAAGUCGCUCAAGGCAUGGCCUAUCUCGAAUCUCAAGCCUUCAUUCAUCGCGAUCUUGCCGCGCGCAACAUUCUUGUCGGCCAGAACAACAUGUGCAAGGUGGCCGAUUUCGGUCUCGCUCGCGUCAUUUCGGAAGACAACUACACUCCUCAAGAAGGCACCAAGUUCCCCAUCAAGUGGACUGCGCCUGAGGCUGCUCUGUACAGCCGCUUCUCGAUCAAGUCGGACGUUUGGUCUUUCGGCAUUCUGUUGACGGAACUUGUCACCUACGGCCGCAUUCCCUACCCUGGCAUGACCAACGCCGACGUGCUUGCUCAGCUCGAGAAGGGCUACCGCAUGCCCAACCCGCAAGGCUGCCCGCCCACUCUGUACCAGAUCAUGUAUGACUGCUGGAAGGCAAACCCCGACGACCGCCCUACUUUCGAGUCCCUGCAGUACCGAUUGGAAGACUUGAUUGUCAACAGCGCUGGCGAGUACCACGAGGCCUCGCGAGUUCGUUAA